GUGGAUUGAUAAAGAGGACACCUCAUAAUUGAUUCAUAUUAGUUGAUUCAUAUUAGUUAUUGAUUCAUAUUAGUUAGAGGAAUUCAUAACUGUAAAUCUUUAGUAAUUAGCUGCCUGCAUAGAGUUAAAAUAAAUACAAUUUAUAAAAAUUUGGUUCAACUCAACCUAACAAAAAUAAAUGUGGUAUGUGUGACAAGGAAUUACUGGAAAGAUAAAGGUCAAAAAGAAGGUUACAUCAAGACAACAGCAACUGGCUGCUGUGAAAAGCCAUCUUUCUCUGUUCCCGGUCGGUUUCCUGCUGGCUGCGUGGACUCUGGCAGCGCCAGAGUCCCCGAACUCGUGCUUUCUUUUCCAUCCCCGGCACUGGAUUCCAUGCCCCACGAUGUCAGACACAGCUGUGGACACCAGCUCCGAGAUCACCACCAAGGACUUAAAUGAGAAGGAAGUUGUGGAGGAGGCAGAGAAUGGACGAGAAGCCCCUGCCAAUGGGAAUGCUAACGAGGAAAAUGGGAAGCAGGAGGCUGACAAUGAGGUAGAUGAAGAAGUGGAAGAAGGCGGCGAGGAAGAGGAGGAAGAAGAAGAAGGUGAUGGUGAGGAAGAGGAUGGAGAGGAAGAUGAGGAAGCUGAGGCUGCCACUGGCAAACAAGCAGCUGAAGAUGAUGAGGACGAUGAUGUUGAUACCAAGAAGCAGAAGACUGAUGAGGAUGACUAGAUAGCAAAAAAGGAAAAGUUAAACUUAAAAAAAAAAAAAGGCCACCAUGACCUAUUCACCCUCCACUUCCUGUCUCAGAAUCUAAACGCGGUCACCUUUGAGUAGAGAGGCUGUCUGCCCACCGUGGGCAGUGCCACCAGCUGAUGACACGCGCUCUCACCACCCAACCAAAACCACAAGAAUUUGCAACAGGGGAGGAAAAAAAGAACCAAAACUUCCAAGGCCCUGCUUUUUUUCUUAAAAGUACUUUAAAAAGGAAAUCUGUUUGUAUUUUUUAUUUACAUUUUAUAUUUUUGUACAUAUUGUUAGGGGUCAGCCAUUUUUAAUGAUCUCGCAUGACCAAACCAGCCUUUGGAGCAUUCUCUGUCCUACUUCUGACUUUCCUUGUGGUGUGACCAUGCUUAUUAUAAUCUCAAAGGAGAAAAAAGCAAAAACAACAACAAAAAAACAAACAACAAAAAAACAAUCUUAUUCCGAGCAUUCCAGUAACUUUUUUUGUGUAUGUACUUAGCUGUACUAUAAGUAGUUGGUUUGUAUGAGAUGGUUAAAAAGGCCAAAGAUAAAAGGGUUCUUUUUUUUCCUUUUUUUGUCUAUGAAGUUGCUGGGUAGUUUUUUUUUUUUUUGGCCUGUUUGAUGUAUGUGUGAAACAAUGUUGUCCAACAAUAAACCAGAAUUUUAUUUUGCUGAGUUGUUCUAA